AUGUCCAAAAUGAAGACCAAAAGUAAAAGCAAAAUGAAUAAAAAUAAAGUAAAAGUGAAUAAAAGGAAAGUGAAUCCAAAGCCAAAGAAGAGCAAAGAAGCCGAGGAAUGGAUGAGUGGAUCAGAUGGCGAAGAAUCGGAUGAAUUAAAUGCCAAACAAAUUGGUGAUGAAAGCGAUGAUGACUUGACGUCUAUUGUCGACCACAAGAAGUCUUUGCAGAGUCUAAAGGAAACCGAUAAAGAGUUUUAUGAGUUUUUGCAACAAAACGACAAACAAUUACUUGAUUUCGAUAUCAACGACGAAGACGUGGAUGAGGACUCGGAAGAAGAUAAUGAAUUGGACACCGAAGGGGACCAAUCGGAAGGAAUUAGUAAGUUAUCGGUGAAACAAGUGAAUGAUUGGAGCCAUCGGUUGGAAGACAAGGCAGACAUCGAGACAAUCAAAUCAGUUGUCAAAUGGUUUCGAAGAGCCGUCAAUCAGACGAGUGGUGAAAGUGAUGGACAGAUAAUGAACGCCGAGGUCUUCAAUGCCAUCACAAAUGUAUGUCUGAUAGACCUGUUGCCAGCGGUUCACAAAAUUUUGAAAUUACCACAAAUUGGAUCAAAUGAGUGGUCGAGUGAUGUGAAAGUAAUGGAUCCGACGAAGUCGAGGAAUUGGAAGAAAGUGAUGGCAGUUAUGAAAUGCUAUUUAACGGAUGUCAUCAAAAUGGUUGGCAGUGUCUCUGAACAGUCCCUGAAGACAACACUUCUGCGACAUAUUCUUCAUUUGAUUCCAUUCCUCAUUACUUUUCCACAUCUAAUCAAACGAGUCCUCAAACAGACACUUGAAUCAUAUAAGACUGUCUACAACUGGCAGUUCUUGAAUUCUAUCCUAUUAUGGACUCAACUCUUGUGUUCUCAUAACACCGUCGAUGAACUCAAACCACUUAUUUCUCCAUUGGUUAAUGUGAUCAUUGGAACCAUUCGAUUGAUUCCUUCGGCUAAGUAUUUUCCGAUGAGAUUUCAUUUGAUUAAAGCGCUGAUCAAACUCUCGGAUGAGACGAAUGCAUUCAUUCCUAUUCUGCCGUUUGUUACACAAGUUUUCGACAAUUUCGAUAAACAACUCAAGAAAAACAAAUCCAAUGACGAAAAAGAGCUUAAUUUCGAUCUUUUGAUUAAAGUGUCGAAUAUCAGCGCAAAUGACUUUCAAUUUAGAGAUUCAACGAUUAAUAAGAUCCGCAAAUUCAUAAAGCGUUCACAUGUUGUACAACACAAUCAACUCUUAAAACAAUUAUUGGAUAAAAUCGAAGACAACUCGAAACUGAUUUGCGAAAAGCGAAAGAACGUUGAGUUCUCCAUAAGUGACUCCCUUUCCAUUAACUCAUGGGAAAGUCAGAUGAAAUGCGACGGAACUCCUCUCAACCACUUCUAUAAUCAACGAAAGAAAAUUAAGUCAAAUAAAGAUAUUUCGGACAUCAAUGUGAAUGUGGAGCCAAAAGUAGGCACAAGCAGUGGAACCACGGAAGCGGCCAAACCUACCAGUGCUCACAAACUUCAUAAUCAAUCAAAUUCUAAGAAACGAAAGUUAAAUGAAAGUCAAAGUAAAGGAACAGAAAAUAAGUCGAAAAAAGUGAAAAAGUCUCGAAAUAGGAAGAAAUCGGUUCAUAAUAACAACCGUAAGACUAAUGUAUCGUUUGAUUUGAACCAAACUCUGGACAUAUCUUCGGAUGAAUGCGACUAAUGAUCACUAAAUGAGAUGUUUUUAGUAAUGUAUUUUGAAUUGAAUGCGAAUACUGUAUGAAUAAAUUGUAUUGAAUUAGUGGUGAGAA